AUGCCAGUAGAACAGACAUACUUAAUGAUUAAACCAGACGGUAUCCAACGUCAAAUUGUUGGCAAGAUUAUCAGUCGCUUUGAAGAACGUGGGUAUCGCUUAGCAGCUAUGAAACUUACAGUAGCUACCCCGCAAAUUUUGGAACAGCAUUAUGCUGAACACAUUGGUAAACCAUUCUUACCGGGCCUUAUUAAAAAGAUGACUGGACCAGUCAUAUGUAUGGUUUUUGAGGGUGUUGAUGUUAUUACUCAAGCUCGUAAAAUUAUGGGUGCAACACGUCCUAGUGAAGCUGCUCCAGGUACGAUUAGAGGGGAUUAUUGCCAAGAAGCUGGUCGCAACAUCAUUCAUGGUUCAGAUUCAGUAGAAUCUGCAAAGAGAGAGAUUAGUUUGUGGUUUAAACAAGAAGAAAUUCAUUCUUACAAUCUUACUUUAUCUAACUUCAUUUUGGAAUGA